GAUCUGUUCAAUCGUUGCGGGGCCUCAAAGCAGAAACAGCAGCAGCAUCAUCAGGCGGCGAAAGAUGCAACGAUGGACGAGAACGGGCAAAAAGAGGACAAAAACACGGCUUGCGCCAGUUGCUACAACACGAUAGAAGCGGAACGGCAUGUGGCCGCCGUCGGUCAGCUGUGGCACGCGGAAUGCUUCAGGUGUUCUGUUUGCGAUGUACGACUGUCGAGCUGGUAUUUCGAGAAGGAUGGCCUACUGUUUUGCCGCGAAGAUCAUUGGUCCAAGUUUGGCGAUCGCUGUCAGCAGUGCGCACAGAUAAUCUCUGGCCCCGUGAUGGUUGCUGGUGACCACAAGUUCCAUCCCGAGUGCUUCCGGUGCGAUGCGUGCCGGAUCUUUAUCGGUGAUGGCGAAACGUAUGCGCUGCUGGAGCGCUCAAAGUUGUUCUGCGGAGCCUGCUACAAACAUCAACACUGUACGCUGCUGGAUACGGUGGCCAAGGGUGAAGGCAUUAGCGAUGCGAAACGCAAAGUGCCACACUCGAUACGUUUGGUGGAAAUUCCCUGGAGCAGUGCACGGACCGAGCGUAUACGGUUGGCCGCGGCACCCGAUGAGAAGCUGCUGUUCGGAGGGCCCGGUGCAAUGGGUGGACCCACGUCCGGUUGCAAGAGCGUUAGAAUCUCGGAAUUGGUUUGUACGGCGUACGGUCAACUGGGGAAGUACAUUUUUUCGUGCGUAAACACGGCACUGGAAUCGUGCUGUGGUUUGCUUCACUUUAGGGUAACGCUCAACACGGAUUUGAUGUCCUUGCGGGUCGGUGAUAAAGUGCUUGAGGUAAACGGUACACCGGUUCGUGAUGUGCCGCUUGAAAACCUGCAGAGUAUGAUCGAAAACUCAGGCAAAGUGCUUCAGUUGACGGUCGAACAUGAUCCGCAUCUUCUCGCGGACCAGCAGCAGCAACAGAAGCAUGGUUGUGCGGAUAGUGGAGAGACGAUGGUACGCGGCUCUAACUUAGAAUCGUCCGCCACGCGUUGUAAAGUGCUCAACAACAAUGAACGUGAAGAGGCAGGUGUGGAGGAGGAAGAAGAGGAAGGAGAUGGUCAGUCCAGUAGAAGCCUGUCGCCCAGCAAGUUGGAGCGAAUCUUCCGCAAAAAAGAUGAAGGUUACAUGAGCGGAUCGUCGCGUAAGCUACAGAAACGCCUCAAGGAUGUCAAUUGCAAUACAUCUUCAAACAGUUUAAAGGAUAAGGAACGCAGCUCGAGUAUGUCCCGGUUACUAGAUGAGCAUCGUAGUGUGGCGGCCGGUGGUGAGUUUUAUGACCUCUCGCGAACAAAAUCGUUCCGCGUGGAACAGAAAGCGGCCCGGAUCUUCCGUGCAUCCGAUCUCGUGCAGGGAGAACUACUGGGAAAGGGAUUCUUCGGUCAGGUGUUCAAAGUGACGCACCGCGUGACGCAGGAAGUGAUGGUACUGAAGGAACUGUAUCGUGUGGACGAGGAGGCACAGAAAAACUUCCUCAAAGAGGUGGCCGUACUGCGUUCGCUGUCGCACAAUAACGUGCUGCGGUUCAUCGGUGUACUGUACAAGGACAAGAAGCUGCACCUGGUGACGGAGUUUAUACCGGGCGGUUCGCUGAAGGAGCUUAUCCACGAUUCCGGCCUUCCGCUCAGCUGGUUACAGCGCAUGUCGUUUGCACGGGACAUUGCCCGUGGUAUGAGCUACCUGCACUCGAUGAACAUCAUCCACCGGGACCUGAACUCACUGAAUUGUCUCGUGCGGGAAGACGGUACGGUGAUUGUGGCAGAUUUUGGGUUAGCGCGCAUCAUAAAGCAACCGUUUAGUACGGCGUUCGAGAAGUGUGCGGCCAACGGUAGCACAACGGGAACGAUUGGACGGAGAGCGGGCGGUCGGCCACGGCGCCAGCGGUACACGGUCGUUGGCAAUCCGUACUGGAUGGCACCGGAAAUGAUGCGCGGUAACAAGUACGACGAAAAGGUGGACAUCUUCUCGUUUGGUAUCAUGCUGUGCGAGAUCAUUGGCCGGGUACAGGCCGAUCCGGACUAUUUACCACGGUUGCCAGACUUUGGCCUCAAUCAGACGGUGUUUCGGGAGAAGUUUUGUGGCCAAUGCCCGGAACCGUUCUAUCGGAUUGCGUUCCUGUGCUGUGACCUUAACCCGGACAAACGGCCUCCAUUCCACGUGCUCGAAGUGUGGCUGGAAACGAUGGCAACGGUGACUGCGAUCGGUAAACCACUGCCUGCCGGGAUUGUGCACGAAAUAGAGCAUUUCAAGGGUCAGCUACGGAGCGCAGAUUCCAGCCUUUGCACGACACCGGAUGGACUGGCGACACCGCCACCGUCUUCCGGCAAUCUGAAGCCAUCGCUUAGCCGCAAGCGCAUCUGCGAGGGUCCCGAGGAGGUCCGUAAUGUGCAAUCGAAGGGUAUGGAUGUGGUGGAUGGUUGUUGCAAGACACCAACGAACGAGGAAGUUCAUGCGCCAUCCGUGAAUCAUGUCGUGGAACCGGUCGAUCAGAAAACACCAACGAAUGGGUUCGUCGUAGUGGACAGUAACGAGCUACCGAAGUCACCGCAUCUGGGCAAAGAUUUUUCGGCCAAUGGUGACCGCAUACGGGACAGUAUCCGGGCUAAGCGUCGCCAGCGUAUGAUGCUUAGUCGCGAGAACCAACGGAAGUCACUGGAUUCGAGUGCACUCGUCGCACGGUUAGGUUGUGAUCGAUUAACGAACGAGUUUUCGAUCGAUAGUGGUGGUGAUGAAGGGAGUGCCUCCGAACCGAUCAGUUUGAUCAUGACGACCAAUGAUCUGAUGGCAAUGGGAACGACGGACGCUGCAGUCAUCAGUACACCACCGCCUGCUCGUGAGCGUCUCUCGACGGAUCAGGUGUUGGCCUCGGUAAAGGAUACCCUCGAACGCAGUGGACCCUUACUGCUGGAGCGUGAUCGUGGUGAAGAAGAGAUUCCGGACACGGUUUCAGCCACAAGGACGAAGCAUUACGGUGAGAAGGGAUACAUCAUUCAGCUGAAGAAUGGCCAUUUGACGUUGAACAAUGUGCGCGAUCUGGAGAAUUGUUCCGAUUUCGAUUCGAGUUGCGACACAAGCCUUAACUACAUCGAAGUGAAUGGUAAUCGGGAGGCGUUGCAGGAGCAAAGAAGUGGACCACUUGGAACGGAAAUGAAGACACUGGAUGCUUUUGGUAAUACUGUUACGCCAUUCGCCAACCAGCAAAACGGUUACACACCGGGAUUGUGGGCGGGAUUAGAGCGGAGAACGUGUGAGAAGGAGAACAUCGCACUCGACAGCGAGGAGAGCCAUAUGAUUGUGCCAUCGCAAGCGAAAGCAACGUCCCCGUUGGCGGUCAUCGGACCAGAGCGUAAUACGUGCAGUGGCCCAACGCCAGUGACCGACGCAAAGCCUCCGGCUGGGAAGGUGAGCAGCGCCGUUGAAAGGAAACCCGCCUCUCCGACGAGUGCCACACAGAAAGCCGUCCAGUAUACUCGCAAACUGUUCCGUUCCAAUGAACCAUCCCCUAGUCGACCGACAGCGGCCAGCCCCGUGACCUCGACACCUGCUGCUCGUCCGAAUCGCGAAACACGCGUUACGCAGGAUAGUGAAGGGGUGGUUAAGACGCGAAUUGUCGGCAAAACACAGCCAGGCGGUGGUUCGUCCAUGUUUACUACCAAACAGAAAAUAUCUCCCACUUCCGAUCCGGAACCGCAGCCCAGUUUUGGUGCGUCCGUAUCGGUGGCAAACAAUCGGCGAGUGAAGGUGCCGAAAAGCGGUGGAACUGUGAUUGCCAUGACCCAUGCAACCGGUAUGUCGAAAUCGGUACCGACGGGUGCCGGGGGAGCCCCGGCCUCUGCUGCUGCCUCUGGUGGACCCUAUUCGAUGCAGUCGCUGUUUACGUACAAAACGAAACCAAAUGAGACGCAGGAUGGCAGCCAUAGCAAUAGUUGUAGAUUAAAUGGCCUUGUAGAGAGCAAACGGGAGGGCCGAAGGAACCGCGAUGAGGCUGCUAGUGAUGGAAAGCGCCAUUCCGCUGGCCUGCAAAGCAUUACACCAUCAUCGAGAAAGCCACCGAUCAGUGUAAGUGGCGGCGCUGGGCCAGGUGCUUUACUUCGGAUCACAAAGAGCCGAACCUUUAAACCGGCACCACUUGCUGCCGAGAGCAAACCAGUGGCCACCGGUAAACUGUCUGAACGGUAUACGACGUUACAGUCGCCUACACUGAGCAGCAGUGGCAGCAACUCACGAACCGAAUCACCAUCACCACCGGUGCCGUCGAUUGCCGUGAGGUCCAGCAGCGGUGGCAAUGGCACAGUUACAAACAGUCGUCAGAUUGGCAUUCUUUCUCCAGCCAGCAUACGCCGGUUAAAUGAGCGGUUACUGGAAGCUCGCAAAGGCAAAUCUUCUUCAACCGUCACGUCACCGACCGAAGCAUCCUCGUCGUUGACGGCUUCGAAAAGUGUGUCCACCAGCAGCAAAAAGCCAGGAUUUGCCCGCAAAGUACCGCAAAUUGGGUCACCAUCUAGUCCAUCUAGCACCCUGUUGGGCGGUUUAAAUGGAAUCCGCGAACGUAAGGUCAUACCACCCAUGACAAGCAUCAAGUAAGUGAUGCGUUCCAGACGAGGAAAACAAUGAAUAGUAAUAGUGACAGUGACAACUCUUAAAGUUAUAAGGCAAAAGCUCAACAAAAAGUUUCGGCCACAAGCCAAUUGCAAUCGUUUGCUCCUCAAACAAAGCCCCGAAGGGGACACAAAAACCCCACAGGGACACACUGUUUACCUUGGAAUUCAAUCUCGUAGCACCUCCUUAAUCGUGCACCAUUUGAAUCGUUACAACCAGUUGGCACACACCUAUUACCACAUGCACCACCGCCGAUGGUACGGCGUUCCGUUUUCUUCUCUGUCGUUUAAGCGACUUAAGACUUACUGUGGCUUGUGGUUGGCGCGAGACCCCCCUCUGGUCAGCUUGGGAGCAAGAAAGAGAGCGUAAUUAUUGCUCGCGAAACAAUAUUAUCCUAAGAGAUCACUUCUCUAUUUGUGAUGGUGUCUAUGGUACACCAUGGAAUUUCAAAAAAGACAAAACCACAUACCCUUUCCAACACGUUAGGCUGCUAUCUAGGAUAAUGUUUUUAAACUCAUUUUUACUCAAUUUUACUACCAUAUUUUUAAUGCAAAUGCGCUAGGAAGAUAUAUAAGUCGAUCUCCUUUAAGCUCUGCUUUGUUCCAUUUUGCAAUUUCGAUUCUUCUUCUCUCUAACAAACUCUUCCCUUAAGGUCCAAAGACGUUUUUUGUUUGACACAUUUUACACAUCGUCUUUCCACGAAUCAAUGAUCAUAACGCUUGGUUUUAGUUACGCUAUAUCUGUAGAACGUAAACGCGAACAGCGUUUGACCCCCCUAUUCUGUAGCAUAAGGAAGAAGUUACUAACCGGACUGUGAUAUUGUGAAUGUAAUGUAUGACGACGAGGAACGGCGAGCAGCAGCAGGCGAGUGUGAAGCAAUCGUGCGUAAAUUACCUUUUCUUUUACUUCACGAAAGCUAAAUAUACAUAUUAUUACCCUUUUCUCACGGUAAGAGAAGAUGAGCAGCAUCGAGCGACAUUGACACAACGAGACAUGACACGUGCGAGUGGCACUGUUCGAAUACUUUUAGCUAGGCCGCAACCAUCCAUACCCCCCCGGGUACAAUGUUUAGUUCCCCCUUGGAGAUAUGCUGCUAGCUUCGAAAAGUGGGGUCAGGAGGCCAUCAAUUGUGUAUAGGAUUAGGCAUGAGAGGUACGAGGUGCGAGUGUAUAAUGUAACUAAAAACCACAAAUAUACAUACCGUUGAUCUGUGGAUACCGCGGAAUGGUAGAAAAAAUCAUGGGAGUUACGGCGAGCUCCUCAACCAUCCACAUCCUGCCUGCGAUGAUGUGAACCGUGCUCAAUUGAAAGUGUAAUUAAUAAUGUAGAUAGUAAAAAGCAAUGCAACGACAACAACAACCGGUGGUUAUACACACUCCCGGUUGCAGGAACACUCUCGCGCCGGUACCGGGAAUUGGGGUUUUUGGAUGACAAAGUCGGAUUGCGCCUGGAAAAAAGGGGGACCGAAUAGCAACGAUACAAUGCAAAAGAAUGGCCAACGGGGAAUGGGCAUCGGUUGCCCAGCAGCAUACCUGGUGCGGAAACAAUGCAGAUCGACAGGAAAAAAUCCAGGACCGCCGUUUACAACAUUUCGGUGCGCAAUGAAUAGGUCGAAUGGACUGCAAAAUUUAUAAAUUUAUUGUUUAAUUUUUGAGUUUUUACCAUAUUUUCUUUUUGGAUUUUAUUUUAACCUCCCGCCAGUGCAGCACUACUGCAACAAUUGGGAUUUGUUGUGCGGUACCGCACCGAUGGUGCGGUUGUGUGUUUAAUGUUGCGGUUUGGCGCUUGUUUUUAUUGUCGAAAUCUCACUCUGCGCGACCAUUAUAUGGUGGAAGACCCCCUGCCAUUGUGCUCGCGUAGUUAUUGUUGGUAAAAAGACUGCAUUUUACCUACCAGUGCGUCCUGCUGCUCGGCUGCAAUGGCUUUUUGGCGUUUUACUAUGUCCUAUGCGGAUGCACAUGUAAUCCGGUGGAAUGUUUUACUUUUUAUCGGAAAAAUGUAAUGCGAAAAAGGGAGGGCAAAAGAAAAAAAAGUCAAAUGAUUUAAAAUGUCACUGCGAAUAUCAAUUCUCGUAAAAUAUUAGUACAAGCAAUUUAACAACUGAGAACAGACAGAAAAAACAACAACACGGAAACUGGUUCCGAAAGACGAUGGCGAUGUUGUAUUUAGCAUGUAAGAAUGUAACUUAUUUGGCAUUCCACCAAUUGUAAACGCAAAAACAUGGUACACAGUGUGCGAAAUGUGGUUCAAAAAUUGUAGGCAUAAACUAUGGCAGGGAUGCUUAACGAUAUAAUAGAUACUAUAUGUACAUGCGCGCGGGGUAGGAAGGAACGGUGUUUACGGAAACUCUCAUAACCACGAUGAUGAUGAGGAAUUGUAAUGCGAUAAUUAAACAAAAAAAAAAAGAAGGAAAGUAAGAAACAACUCAGCAGGGAAUGUAGAACGUAGUCCGUAGAACACGAUAUUACCAGAGGGAAAGAGAGAGGUAAAGAGAGCAGUCGUAGCAGAGUACGGUUUUGAUUUGUUCACCUUCUUCCGUCACGAUCACCAAUCGUUAUCGUUUCAUGUUGGACUAUUGAUCAUUGCAGCGCGAUAACAGGGCCCGUGCACUUCCCUUACUUUUUAUCUAAUUUAUUAACCCGAUAAGUAACGACUCUCUUUCCUCUUCUUUGUUCUCGAACCGAUGGAACCGAGAUCCAUCGCUGCAAAAUGUCAUUAUGUUAUCAUGCCAGCUGAUUUAGGGAGCAAAUCGGUGAAAAUCGGUUUUCUUUUUAACUUUGAUUUUAAUCUACUCUUGAUAAUAAAGUUAACGUCAAUACUGGAAAACACUGGUUGGAAAAUUGAUACCAAAUAUCCGAGAAAAAGAAACACCAGCCGAUGAAGGCAGCUGCAGUUACAUUUGCCUUCGCAUCGACAUGCAAAUU